GACGCUGCUUAUAAUGAGUCUAAUGAAACACUGGUGUCUCUAAAUGUUUAUGAACUACACACUUCAGAUCAUCUAUCAUAGAUAACCCCAUUCAUCACCAAUGUCUGGUGGAUAAAUACGAUUAAUAACCUGAAAGCGUUCAAGUCUUCUGUGUCCUCUGAUUGGUUAGCUGCUCGGCUCUGUUGUGAUUGGUCGACCGCCUUGAGAUGUGUCGAGUCCAAUGGAGGCGUUUCAGGCAGGACUGUGUGGAAGAGCAACUCCCCCUGGAUGAAACACAGGGAUUUUAGCCUUUGCAGACCAUUUACAUGCACUAAAAACCUAUUAGCACACUACAGGAAAGGGACAACAAAAGGGGCUCUUUAAAUAGUUUCAUUAUAAACAGAUUUGAUGAUUAUUUCCCCACAUUUUACUAACGCCAGUGAGAAUAUCCACAUAUUGCUUGGUCUGUUGGGACACAUGGACUCUACUGUACUGUAGGGCAGUGUACAGACUUUUGGGCAGAGGAUCGACUUUACCACACGCUCUACUUAUCAGCCCAGUUGAGCAGUGUGCAAGAAACACUUUUCGUUCUGCCUUAUUAAGAUAAGAAGGUAUUGUAGUUUUCCUCUGGACAGUUCCCCCGACACGAGUCUGGACUGACGGACGUGAGAUAGAGUAUCUGCCUGCUGACAGGACAGGAUGACCGUGGCCUGCUGUCACUGUACACUGGAAGUCUGGCGUGAUCUGACAGGAAGGGAAGUCGGCUUACUAAACUCUGCAAGCCCUGGUGAUGCAGCUAACCACCGGACUAUAUUUGACUGAUAAUCUACAUGCAGACUUCUCUUACUGAACACAUUUUGACUUUUCAUACAGCAAAAAAAGCAUGUGCGCUUAUAAGGUUUCAUUUGAAGGACAGUUCUGUUUUUUAAGAAAUGUAGGUCAUCUUACUGUGGGUCAAUAACACAAAUAACCACUGGCGCUGGAGAACCGAAAUUGAAUGCACCCAAUUUUGAGGUUUUUAGUAACACCUGCUUGUGUUUGCAUCAGGGAUUAUUAAUACACAGCUCAUUGGUCACAUUAAAUAAGGUAUCCACCCAAGUGUGGUGUUUAUCCAAACAAGAGCACUGUUCAUCAUCAGAAGUCCGUUAUUCGUCCCACGGUACAUUUACUUCUAUAGAGACUAGGGCUGAACGAUCUAUCGUUUUGGACCGAAAAUCGCGAUCUCAGACAACACGAUUUUGGGAUCGUCAAAGCUGCGGUUUUUGCUUGGUGUAUAUUAAUAAUAAUAAUUUCGUCAAUAAUUUCACAUGAAUGCCCAAGGCUCUGUGUCAGCUACCGAUCAGAAAGCUGCAGGCUGCGCGUGACCAGAUCACGUGUUCGCCACCCAAGUCAGUGUGUAGCUUGUCAUUCAAUUUCAAGCAUACUUCCCCACUGACCAUACCGGGGAGAAUAUUGCCAUGGGGUUGAAGGAGUGCUUGGCCAACUGGGGUCUAAAAGAAGAGGCCCAGACGUGCAUAAUAACAGACAACGCUUCAAAUAUGGUCAAAGCAAUGGGACUUAACCAAUGGACCAGACUGCAGUGCUUCGGACACAGGCUGCAUCUUGCAAUUGAAAAUGCUGUCAAAGAUGAGCAAAGAAUCAAACGGGCCACAGGACUUUGCAAGCAGCUGGUUGCGGUCUUCACUCACAGCUGGAAGAAGAAGGCGGCACUAAAACAGGCACAGCAAGACUUGAACCUACCUCAACAGUCACUGGUCACUGAAUGUCCGACACGAUGGGGCUCCCGGCAGAAAAUGAUUGGGAGGGUGUUGGAGCAGAGCAAGGCACUGUGCCAGGUUCUGUCUGAAGACAGGAAGACGCGGCACCUGGUCCUCACUUGGCAAGACACAGAUGUCCUUGAAUCUGUAAACAAUGACCUCGGUCCUCUUCAGGAGUUCACAGACGCCCUCUCAGGUGAGGACUACGUAAGCGUGUCAUACCUGAAGCCAGUGCUCCAUCUCCUCAGAACAGCAACGCUUGCUGAAACUGACCAGGACACGAAUCUCACCAAGGAGAUCAAAUCAAGAGCUCUCCACUACAUUGAAGAGAAAUACAGCGACCCAGUGACACAGGAGCUCUUGGACAUCACAUCCUUCCUUGAUCCAAGAUUCAAGAAGAGCUACAUAAGUGAAGAGAAUGUCCCAUACAUCAAAGACAGAGUGAAGAUGGAAAUGGAACAGGUGGCACAAAAGGAGCAGAGGGCUUGUGUCACAACCCAUCCCAUGCCCCUGAGUGCAGAAGAAGAACCACCAUCCACCUCUACAAAGCGAAAGCGGUCACUGGGCAGCUUUUUCAAGACCAAGGCGGUCCCUGCUUCCUCUACUGUGCAGUUGGAGGAUACCAUUAAAGCAGAACUGGACAACUACCUCAUAACUCCUACCAUUGAUGGAGAGCAAGAUCCACUGGCCUGGUGGAGAGUGCACAAUGUCAACUUCCCAUGGCUUAGCAAGUUGGCUCGUAAGUACCUUUGCAUACCAGCAAUGAGUGCACCAUCAGAGAGACUGUUCAGUGCCAGUGGCAAUAUUGUCACAUGUCAGCGUGCAAGUCUGAAGCCAGCAAAGGUUGACAUGUUGGUUUUCUUGGCCAAAAAUCUCUGAAGGGAUGAAGGGGAAGAUUUAUUGAUUUUUGUUGUUGUUCUUCUGCACCUUACCCUGACAUGUCUUUGUUCCAUUAAAAAAGGUGUUCACUCUUUUUUACUUAUCUUUUGUUUACAGACUAGAUGUUAAAUAAUGUAACCAGUUGGACAUCUUUUGUUGAUGAGGAAAAUGUAUUUUUUUAAUUAUUAUUAUUAUUUAGUUUUACUACCUUUACAUUUCACUUCCUCUUGCCACUUUAUUUGAAGAAGAAGCACAGGUUUCUGAAUACACGGGUUGAAUAUCUGUAACUGCUGCUGAUGUUGAGGUUCAUAAGCUAGCUCCUUUGAGCCAUUUUGCACUACUUUUAAGGUAAGACUUCUUUUUUUGCUCCACUUUGUUGUUACACUGAAACUUGUUUAAAUAAAAAAAAUCGUGGAGAAAUCGAAAUCGCAAUCUCUGCCAGAAAAAU